AUGAUAAAAUCAGCGAUCGAAACAUUAAAAGAAAGAAAUGGUUCAUCUCGUCAAGGAUUGAAGAAAUAUGUCCAGUCUAACUACAAAAUCAAAGCUGCUAACUUUGAUGCUUUAUUCAACACUGCUUUAAGAAAGGGUGUUGACACUGGUGACUUCCUCCAACCAAAGGGACCUUCUGGUCCUGUUAAAUUGGCAAAGAAGGGUAAGAUUGCUCCUGUCGAAGCCAAGGUCUCUAAGCCAACCAAACCAAGCAAACCAGCUUCCAAAACUACCACUACCAAGAAAACAGUUACAAAAAAAAUCACGCCUAAGACUGCUUCUAAAGCUGCUCCUGCUGCUAAAAAGAAGACUGUUGCCAAAAAACCUGCUGCUAAGAAGGCUGCUGUUACCAAACCAGCCGCAAAGAAGGUGACCAAGAAAGCUCCUGUCAAGGCUGCUCCAAAGAAAACCACCGCCAAGAAGGUCACAAAGCGAGCCACCAAGAAGGCUCCGGCUAAGAAAGCUGCUACAAAGAAAUCGGCAAAGAAAUAA